UCUCAUGAAAGAGUUCCAGAUGCAUGGUACGUAACACUGGCUGCUUAUUCAGACCUAUUAAUGUGUCAUUAGUGAACCAAUUGGCUCGUUAAGUAGCUAAUAUAAAAACGGCGUGAACUAUGGAUUGAAAACACGCAAACAAGCCACAAGAUUGAUUGUGUAACGUGAAACUGUUUACUUUCAGUUUUCCAUGAAGGAAAUGCGACUGUCCCUGUGAAGCUGGAUGCGUUAUUAUGGAGAGCGGGGGUGAUGAAGAGGUAGCAAACGGACAACACAUUCGGCCAUCAGGCGCUGCUGAAUGUUCCUCCAUUGUAAAACCUGAGAACUCCAGUGAUGAAGAUGACCUGUUCAAACAUGCAACCACCCUGACCAACAAGCAGCGAGGGAAUGAGGUCACAGUCCGGCCAGCGACACUAGACUCUCUUUCCAUACAUCAGCUUGCAGCUCAGGGGGAUGUUUCACAAGUGGCCACACACCUGCACAAAGACAGUUCCCUGCUCAGCAAACAGGAUGAACGAGGCUUUACACCUCUCAUGUGGGCGGCAGCAUUUGGAGAGAAAGCCAUGGUUGACUUUCUCUUAGAGAAGGGUGCAGAUCCUAAAACGAUUGCAAGGGAGCGGGAGAGUGCCCUGACACUGGCCAGUUCUGGAGGGUUCGUGGACAUUGUCGAGACCCUGCUCAAACACGGUGUUGAUAUUAACACCUACGACUGGAAUGGUGGGACUCCUCUUCUUUAUGCUGUAAGAGGGAACCACAUCAAGUGUGUGGAGGCACUUCUGGCCAAAGGAGCAGACAUGACCAUCGAGUCGGACUCUGGGUACAGCCCAAUGGCCUUAGCCGUUGCACUUGGACACAAAAAAAUUCAGAAAGUGCUGGAGGACCAUAUCCUGAAACUGUACAAGCCGCCAACGUGACUAUAACCAAAACACAAUGCUUGCAUCACAAAGUCACCAGCAGCCAUCAGCGCUUGGUGAGAUGGAAGAAGCUUUGUCACACUGAGAGGUUUUAUCUGAACACUUUGCCAUGUUUUAUUGGAUUUGUACACAAACGGCUAAUCCCACCUAAACGCAUACUUUUCAUGCAUCCCAAUUAUACAAAAACAAGGACAACAGUGGCAUUUGUGUUUCAGAUUUAUUUUAUUUGACUGUGAAGCGGUGAAGAACACUUCUGUAAACAAGUUUGUAAUAAAGUUAUUUUUUAA